CGAAUAUCUAGCUAUUCCAGCUGAUGAAUGCGUGAUACAUAUUGUAUCUGAUGAGACUGUUGAGUGAUGAAGCUGAAGCUAGCUGAUGCCGAUGCUGAUGCUGAGCAAUCUCCAAUCUCCCCACGGGGAGAGAUUAGCCCAACCAAACCUAACCAUGCUCUUCUUCUUCUCCUCCUCGUCGAUGAGUAUUUAGUCCAUCUCCUUAAAUGCAGCGGUGCGAGUUAGUUGGCGCCAUAAAUUCCUUCACUUCAAUUUCUUCCUAGCUCAGCUUUCCCCUCUUCUCCUUCUCCUCCUACUACCCAAUACGACUACUACUAGUUUUCUUUCUUGGCCAUCAUCAUUUGUUCCUCAUCUUACUCUAGCUUCUCCAUUCCAAAAUUCACCACCGCCGGCGCCGCCAUCUCCAUUCCAAAAUUUGCUCUGCGUCGAGUCGUGUGAUCGAUCGAUCGAUCGAGGUGUACGUGUGCGCUGCUGGGGAAAAGGGAAAUGGAUCCGUCGGGCGCCUUCUUCCACGCGGCUCCCCGGAGCGGCUCGAAUGUGUCGCUGGCGUCGCUGGCGAGGACGGCCGGAGGGAGGAGGAUGAUGCACAGGGUCUUCCGCGGCGUCAUCACCUUCAUCUUCGCCAUAGCUGGACUGUUUCUUGGAGCGGUGACUGGCGGGCUGAUCGGGCUGGCCACCGAGAGCGGCCUCUUCCGCGGCACCGGCAUCGGCGCCAUCACCGGCGCCCUCGUCUCCAUCGAGGUCGUCGACUCCUCCAUCCGCGUCUGGCGAUCCCGCCGAUCCGGGAUCUCCAGCAUCUGCUAUGUGCUUAAUGUGAUCUACAGCCUCCUGACCGGCAGGCUUGUCCGCGAGAAGGUCGAUCCGGCGGUGCAGCGGGUGGUCCGGAGCCAGAUGAAUGCAGUGGAUUCAUCGCCCUUCAGGGAGUCCCCUGACCUGUUCGAGAUCGAGGGCACCAACGGCAUGCCACGGGCAUCCAUCGACAAGCUCCCGGAGGUCAGGAUCACUGAGGAGUACAGGAGGAACGCCAUUGGUGACCUCUCGGGAUGUUCAGUUUGCCUCCAGGAUUUCCAGACAGGUGAGAAGGUGAGGAGCUUGCCGGAUUGCUGGCACGUGUUCCAUGUGCCGUGCAUCGACGGCUGGUUGAUCAAGCAUGGAUCCUGCCCGUUGUGCCGGAGGAAGCUGUGAGAUCGACGACGACGACGGCCAUGGUGAUCACUGCUAUAGUUGUAGCAGAAGGAGGAGGAGGCUGCUCUGCUUUCUUGCUGUGUGCUGCGAUCGAGUUGUCCAUCAGUGUUGCUGUUCUUAGAGAAGAAGACUGACAUCUCUCUCUCUCUCUAUAUAUAUAGAAAACCCUUAAUCUAUAGAGCAUUUUGUUUCUGCUUAUAUUGCUACAUGCUCUAUCUUUUUGGUUGAACUAUCUACAUAUAUAUCUAUAUUUCUAUCUACUCACUCCUUUCUCCUUAUGUAACAUACCUCUCAAAACUCUGAACUGGCUUGUGCUGAUCAUCUGAUGUAUAAUAUAUAAUAUAUAAAUAUAUAUCGCCCCUUGGACACCAUCGCA